AUGGUCAUUGUGAGAAGUAUUAAUAAUCAGCGGCCUGAAUCAGUUCCAGAAUGCGCUGGUCCAGAUGCCCAGCAAAGCAUGACGAAGAUCAACAGUAUAACCGUCAAAACCUCGGGACACAAGGAAGCGAUGAUAAGGGGUAACCGAAGGCAACUUAGUGAGACCUCAUCUAGUUGCGACCAGUCAACACGAUACGUCGAGGAGAUUGAAUUCUUCCGUGACAGGAUUACGGCCGUUCGCGAUAAGCAACUUGACCUGGAAAGACUGGCUGGAGAACUACGGAGUGAGAGGAACCUUUUGAAAUGCGAAUGCAGUAAGCUUCAAGAGCAGCUUGCCGUAACAGAAGCAGGUUAUGACACCACCAGAGAGGAGCCACAUAAAAAUUAUAUGAAUUGUAAACAUGGCAUGGUUGCGAUUGACCGCGUCGCAUAUUUCCAGCUGACAAUCGACAAGUUGAUGCAUGUAACACGGAGAGGUAUUCCGGAGAACGCUGCCAAUAGAGUCAAUAACGCGGGGAAAUUAGUUUUAUCGGCUGUCCACGACAUUCUCAGAGACUGUCGCGACUAUGCCUCUCGCCCUGAUGCGCUGAGCAUCAAGGCCGUUCGUUUAGAACUGGGGAUCUACAGCCAAAAACUUCUCGACGCUUGUAAGAGCUUUGCGGUCACCGUAGCGUCUAUUGCCGGUGGGGUUGAACGCCUAGAUGCGUUGAUAUUGUUAUCUAACGCAGCCGACCAGCUGACACAUGGCGUUAUGUCUCUCCUGAAGAUUGUCAAAAUACAUGGCAAUGUUCAUAACGAACCUGGUGACUCUCAGGUCAAUACUGGUGAAUCAGACAAACUGCAUAUCAAAAUCAGCGGCCAGGGUGAAUUGGAUGAAUUUAAUGGGACUGGCGACGAAGAACUCCCAACGCGCCAGCCACUGCGAGAUAUGGUGAGACAAGCUAUCGGGCCCCCAUCACCAUCAUCGGAUUGCGAUUAG